CACUAGAGGGCGCUACAUACCUACACUGCACUUUGCACGAAUCAGACGGGUAUUCCACUCACUCUCAAACUUCGCUCCGUUUUCUGCCUGCAAAUUUUAUAUUUGUAUCCACCACAAAAAUAAGCAAGCAGCUACGCAAGAUGUCUACGGGUUUUCGGUAUUGUUUACGAGUUGGGAAGAUGGUCUUGUGUGGCGUUACGACCGGUGUAGCUGCGGCGGCCGUAGUGUACAAAACCAACGGGGGCAAAGAGGAUUUCUUGCCCACGGCGCAGGCGUCGUGGACCACUGGUUACACGCCGAGCACCAAGUGGGAGGGAAACUGGGACAGGAGGGAACCGGAGAGCCUGUUGUCCCCCAACAAGACAGAGCUUGACGGGUCCGAGUACAGCGCCCAGAUACAGAAACUGAAGCCCACAGCGACACGCCACCUGAUCCUGAUCAGACAUGGACACUAUGCAAUAGAAGGAGAGACGGAUGAGAAAAGGGUUCUCACUGCCCAAGGAAGGGAACAAGCUGAAUUGACAGGCAAGCGACUAAAAGAGUUGGAUUACCCCUACUCGAUAAUGAUCAAUUCCUCAAUGACAAGAGCUCAAGAGACUGCAGAUAUCAUAGCUAAGAGCGUACCACUUGUCCCGAGGGGUGUUUGUAACAUGCUGAGAGAAGGGGCUCCCAUCCCACCAGAGCCUCCGGUUGGCCACUGGAAGCCAGAAAUUAAGCAGUUCUACGAAGACGGUGCCCGCAUUGAAGCGGCCUUCAGAAAAUACUUCCACAGGGCCGACCCUGAUCAGAUCAAAGACAGCUACGAGAUACUGGUGUGCCAUGCCAAUGUCAUUAGGUACUUCGUAUGCAGGGCUAUGCAGUUUCCACCUGAAGCCUGGCUACGCAUAAGUCUCAACCACGGCAGCAUUACCUGGCUGGCAGUCAGACCCAGUGGGCGUGUAUCGCUACGGCAACUAGGCGACUGCGGUCACAUGCCACCGUCCAAAAUCAGCUCAGCUUAGCAGCGGAACCCAUCAUCACAAGAAAUUCAGGUUUCAGAAGUUAUUUGUUGUUAAAAGUCAGGGCGUAUUUUUUUCUUUUUUUCCGUUGAUAAAUCUUAAAAAGGUAAUAUACAACAUUUGCUUUUGCUGUAAUUUUCAGAAAUGGAUGGAUUUGGGG